ACUCAGUCUGGUCUCAUAUCGGCGAUUUGAGCGUGUUAUUCGACCCCAGGCUUCGCUUCAUUCCUCCCUCGGUCAGCUCGUCUCUCACCCUCAUGAGUGUACAUCCAACCAGGCAGCGACUGGACGCUUAGCCGCUUUGCGCACAUGGCUAACACCGCGUCCGAGAACGUGAACGGGGUUCUCUCUGUAAAUCUCGCCAGUAUCUGCAUUGAGAGUCUCCUGUGCGGCAUGUUUGACUCCCUCACCGUGGCGUCCAUCUAUAUAUUGCACAUCCGAACGGAGGCAAGACGUGGCGGAAGACCGCCUUUGACAUUACCGGUACUCGUCGUUUCUGGGACCCUGCUGGUAGCAGUCACAACGCAUUGGAUUCUGAGCAUUUGUCGCUUGUUUAUAGGUCUGGGAGGUCAUGGAUCACAAGCAGCUGUAGAGUACUUGACCGAAUGUGGCCAGCCACUUUAUGUGGCAGAAGUCGCCAUAGUGUUUCUGUGCACAAUAGUAGCAGACGCGGUCUUGGUCUUCCGACUCUGGGUCGUCUGGUCACACAAUAAGACUGUGGUCGUACCUCCUCUUGCUAUCAUGGUUGGACUCGUGGUCUGUAGCGUAGGCGGAACAUAUACUUCCAUGGAGGUGGGACACACAGAGAAUGAUGGGUUGACGAGCAAAGUCGGAAAGUGGACUAUGAGCGGCUUGAUCUGCACGCUCUGCACGGACUUGUACUGUUCAUGUAUGAUCGCAGGGAAGCUCCUUCGUACACACCGCUGUACCGAGCGCGCAGGCGCGUCCUGUGCAGUUAUUCUGAACUGGCUCCCAAUAUACAUUGAGAGUGCGGCUUUCUAUACGGCAUGGACACUCUUCUACGCCAUAACCUAUGGAGCACAGAGCGCCGCGAGAUACAUUGGCGCAGCGUGUUUGCCCGCUGCAGCUGGAAUCGCUUGCACGCUUAUCAACGUUCAUAUCGGGUUUGAUCAACUACCGAAGAGCGAACAGCGGCAAGGGGGUAUGUGGGACAGAGCGCCGCAGUUUACAACGUGGAUACCGGAGUGGGUGUCGGAGACCUACGACAACACUGAAGCUCAAGCCACCCAAUCACGGGACUCGCGCGAGGAUGCUGGGGACAAGGGAUGAUCAAGGUUCCUCCACCCGCGGACCGAACUUCAUUUGUGUCAUAAGUGGUUUGUUGGCCACUACCGGUCACCGGUCAAGCGGAUGGCUAUCGCCGUAGCUUUAGGUGCGAAGGACAUGGACCCGGGAUUCGAGUAGGCAUGUUCCGUCUUCUCGUCGAUCCGUAGUCCGAUAGUACUGAGCUCGUCAUCAACAUCGACCAAUUCUACCGUUGAGCUGUUCGCGGCAUUGAUAUGCUGGUGACGUCUACGUGUGCUACCUUGAGAAGGUAAAAGGUAUAUAUGCCUCGACAUGAACCAUGACUCGCCUGGCAACCAUCGGCGAAGCGUGGUUCCUCAUGCAAUCUGAUGG